AUGACCACCAACCUGAGCUCCAGGAUCGACACCCCAACAAACAUCUCCCUGAGCUCCAGCGGGGCUGUCUCAGACUCUCUGGAGUACAAAACGGUGUCUGUGUUCCUGGUCCUGCUGGUGUGUGGCGUCGGCAUCGUGGGAAACAUCAUGGUGGUCCUGGUGGUCCUCACCACGCGCCACAUGAGGACGCCCACCAACUGUUACCUGGUGAGCCUGGCCAUCGCUGACCUGACGGUCCUGGUAGCUGCGGGGCUUCCCAACGUGUCCGACAGCCUGACGGGGACUUGGAUUUAUGGACACGCCGGCUGCUUGGGGAUCACCUACCUGCAGUACCUUGGGAUCAACGUGUCCUCGUGCUCCAUCACUGCCUUCACCGUGGAGAGGUACAUCGCUAUCUGCCAUCCCAUGAAGGCUCAGACGGUGUGCACGGUGUCCCGGGCCAAACGGAUCAUCGCCGGGGUUUGGAUCUUCACCUGCGUCUACUGCAUGCUGUGGUUCUUCCUGGUGGACAUCCAGGUGGGCCCGGACGGACACGUCCAGUGUGGGUACAAAGUGAAACGAGACCUCUACCUGCCCAUCUACCUCAUCGACUUUGCCAUCUUCUACGUCACCCCGCUGCUCGUCGCCAUCGUGCUGUACGCCCUGAUCGCACGCGUCCUCUACCUCAGUCCCCUGCCCCCCCACGCUGAUGCCAGCGCCACCACGCUGCGCAGGAGCUGCCGGGACUCCUCGGAGGCAGCGAGGACGGGUCGCCAGGCUCGUCCGAAGAGCGCGGUGUCCUCCAGGAAACAGGUGACAAAGAUGCUUGCUGUGGUCGUGAUCCUCUUCGCUCUGCUCUGGAUGCCCUACCGGACUUUGGUUCUGAUCAACUCGUUUGUGUCCGCGCCCUACCUGGACUCCUGGUUCCUCCUGUUUUGUCGGACGUGCAUCUACGCCAACAGCGCGAUCAACCCUGUGAUCUACAACGCCAUGUCGCAGAAGUUUCGCUCAGCGUUUCGGGGGCUCUACAGCUGCCAGCGGCUGGAGGGGAACCAGCGGACGCCAUCGAUGCUCCUGUCCGGCGUCGGUACCAUCCGAGACCAGCGGCCCGUUCAGCAACAGGACGCUGGAGCCGACACGGAGAGGAGAGCCACUCUGAGGACUUCCAGUGAUCUGAGGAAGCUUAACGGAAGCAAAGAUCAGGAAACGGCCACGGUUAACGGCAUCCGCCAGUCCGACCAUCACACUGACACCGGUUUUGCUGUCGGCUUCGAACAAGGUCCAGAAGAACCUUUGGCAGCUGGGGACGACGACGAACACAGGAGAGAAGCUGCUGACGGAGGAAACAAGCUGCAGGAAAUGACGUGAACAGUUCCACCUUACCAUGUUCACCCACAAACACUGAAC